AAUAGUCUUCAGACGCAUGCGCACAAAUGUCGCGGGUGUCAAAGGUCAAUCGCACUACAACAUGUCUUCCCCUGACUCUGGAGCUGGCGGGAGAACGUCUCGAGAGGAGGGGAAGGUUUCCAGGCACCUCGGACUCUUCCACUCUCACGUAUACACCUACAGGACUCCAUGGGAGAAGGUGGCCCAGGCGCUGUGGCAGCGCUACCCUAAUCUGUACAGCAAUCACGUGCUCUCCGAGGACACCCUCUCAGUAGACAGAGCAGGGGUCGGAGGUUGUUGUCACGACGACUGCUGAGGAAAACAAACUCUGCCCCAAAGUGGCUGGAGAGAUUUGUUGGUGGUAAGGGGGCGUCGGCAUGCAUUGUUGAGGAGUCAGAGGUUGACAUGGCAACCAAGACCACCACAACGUACACGAGGAAUGUAAAUUUCAACAAACUCAUGACAGUUGUAGAGAAGGCCAUCUAUACUGUCUCCCCAGAAAACAAGUAAUGGUUAGAGACGAGAUUGAUUCUGCACGUGUAUAUAUAUGAUUGUGUUCAACUUUUGCAGUGAAACUCUGAAGGAGUAAAAUUCCUUCUGAAAAAAGGACGCUGAUUGUCCCUCAUUUUCAGGGAAUGUGCCAGUCUUAUACAUAAGGGCUUAAUUUAGAUAAGAGGUACAUAAGAUAAUAGAAUAAGGAUAUCAUGUAAGAAGGAGGCAUGGGUGCGCUGCAAAGUUCGAGGAAUUUCUCUGGCAGUUGAGAAAUUUGAAGUUGAGAGAUAUCGCAAGAAUGCCGACAAGGUUUGUUUCACUCUCAAUGACAUGACCUUUGACCUCUGACCUCCCACGCAGGCUCAGUUAGGUUUGGAGUUUGUGAUGGACAAGAUAUUCGCCAUUAGAUCAAAGAUACUGGCAGCGAAAUAUACUUUUCACGUCAGUCAUGAUUAUGUCAGCCAUUUGUGUGUCAAUUUUAGUCCAUAAGUAUGCAAGCACUU